CUCUUUUACUCUAUGAAGAGACGUUUUAGUAGUGUCUGCCUUUGACAAACUUCUCCAUUUCCUUUCUUUGGAACAUCCACGAUGUCUCCUGUUGCAGGGAAGAAAGAAAAAGCAGCCGCACCAGCUGCGGGCAAGAAAACCACAGCAGCGGCAGGAGGAGCUGCAAAGUCAGCAAGCACUGCAGCUAAGCCAGCUGCAGCAAAGAAACCAGCCACAGCUCCGGCUCCUGCUGCUGCGAAGAAACCAGCACCAGCUGCUGCACAGCCUGCAGCUGCCAAGAAGGGAGCCGCUGCGCCUGCUGCGGCAACCAAGCGUCCAGCGACUGCAGCAGCUCCUGCGGCUCAGAAGAAACAAGCUACUGCUGCCCCUGCUGCGGCCAAGCCUGCAGCGGCACCAGCAGCUAAGCCUGCCGCAACCAAACCUGCCGCCAAGCCCGCUGCUGCUGCAGUGAAGAAGCCUGCAGCUGCGCAGAAGAAGCCAGCAUUGAAUGCUGUCAAGAAACCGCCCCAGGGUAUGAAAAAGCAGAGUGUCCGUGGUAAAGGGCAGAAAAAGAAAAAAGUGUCACUCAAGUUUAUUAUCGACUGCACCCACCCAUUCGAAGACAACAUCAUGGAUGUGGCCAACUUUGAGAAAUAUCUACAAGAGCGUAUCAAAGUCAAUGGAAAGACAAACAACUUUGGCAAUGCAGUCAGUCUAGAGCGACUAAAAAUGAAAGUAGCCCUAAAUUCAGACAUCCCAUUUUCAAAAAGGUACCUCAAAUACCUUACAAAAAAGUACCUCAAGAAGAACAACCUGAGAGAUUGGUUGAGAGUCGUCGCCAGUGGGAAGGAUGUUUACGAGCUUAGGUACUUCCAGAUUAACAGUCAAGAUGAUGAAGACGAUGAGGACAAUGAUUAAGAAGGUGUUUUAUUCACAAGACUGUAUUUAUACUAUGUAUUGUGGAUAUGUUAUCCAAUAAUAAACUUGUUGGAUUCUUAUAUUUUUUAA